CUGUGGCCAUUAUAUGCAUAAAUGUCGUCACAAUGCUUGAUUAAUUCAAGAGGUGGAUGCAGUAUAAAUUGUGUUAUGGGCAUGAUGCAGGCGUCACAGCCCAGCGAAGGGUCGAACGGUGCUCACGGGAAAAACGGAACAAAAUGAAACUCAUAGUCGCAGUUGCUUUAUUAUACCUGGUGGCAGAGUCCUGGGCCGCCUCCACCUACACUGACAAGUGGGACAACAUCAAUGUGGAUGAAAUCUUGGAGUCUCAACGCCUUCUCAAAGCAUACGUCGAUUGCCUUCUCGACAGAGGACGCUGCACUCCCGACGGUAAGGCUCUCAAAGAGACUCUCCCAGACGCCUUGGAAAAUGAGUGCAGCAAAUGUACGGACAAGCAAAAGUCUGGUUCAGACAAAGUGAUCAGGCACUUGGUGAACAAGCGCCCGGAAAUGUGGAAGGAACUGUCUGCCAAGUAUGACCCUAACAACAUCUACCAAGACAGGUACAAGGACAAAAUCGAAGCCGUGAAGGGCCAGUAAAGCAUUGAGGAGUCAAGCCGAGGAUGUGCUUAGCAAAUGAAGACACGGGUGGUGGAAAUGGAAAUUUAUGAUCAGACGCAGUUACCAAAGCUUUAAUUGGAGUUUAUUUACAUAAAUAACAUGUUAUUUUUAUUAAGUAUUUGUGUUUAUUUUCCGAUGACUUCGAGGUAUCCGAAUAUUUAUGACACACAUGCUUUAUUCAGUCAUUCACAGAACUUAAUUGACUGUUAUCUUAUAUACUAUUAUACAUACAUAUAUACUUGCAUACUUAUAGAAACUUCAUACCGAAUAAAAUUUAUUGAAAUAUA